AUGGUUAAUCCAACCCUGGUAGAUAAUCGAGAGCGCUGCGGUUUGUUUUAGCUCAUAAAAUCAGCGGCAAUUUAAUGACAAGAGUGUGUCUCUAUUUCAGCAGCACCUGUCGCGUGUCUUUAAUGGUUUCCUAGCAACAAUCCCUAAUGCCGUAUAUAAGUUGUAAAAGAAAUGCCGCUCUUGACUAGUGGCAGAGUUUCUCAACCGUAUUGGGGUUUCGUGUCUUUCUCGGUGUGCCCUACAGGUCCCCGCAGCGCCAGUCGCGAGAUGCUUGGCUUUUGCCGCAGUGCCCUGAGGUUUCUGACUUCGUUUGCUUCUUCCCCCGAAGGCUCCGGUCAGUCGCAGUCUGAAUAUUCGCUGUUUUUAGACCUCCUGUCAGAUCACAAGGGUGGCAUGAAGCGGAAAGGAAGAGAAAUCACCGCCCGCGCCUCCACUUCCUCUGGUAAGACGCGGGGCACGACGCGUCAGGUAAGGAUGAAAGACGUCGAAGAGAGCAGUUCAAGGGAAUUGGUUCGAGGGCAGGACAGUGGCGCAGAGAAAAGGGUUUAUGUGACGAGGUCGGCAUCCCGAGAACUGGUGCCGGCACUCAAGAAGACCAAGAGCAAACGGAGCCAUGAAGAACGGGAGCAAGAAGACAGUGAUAUGCAGGCGAACUCGCACGAAAGCCCAAAACGGGAAAUGCAAGUGAAAAUAUGCUUCAACCGAAAGCACGAGCAAAGGAAGCAAUUCCAGAUCAGGGAAAGCGGAAUGAAAAUCGGAGAUGGCAAGAGAAAGGCGACAUUCUCCGUGAGCACAAGCGGUGGCCAUGGAAAGAAGAAGAAGCAGAAGUUCGUCUUGAGCGGUCCAGUCUUUGAGAACGGCAAGCAGAAACAGUCGGUGCUAGUCAAAUCACUAAAGGUGAAAUCACCAAGGGACGAGAUGAAGAAACCUGGACGUCAUGUGAGAAUCAAGAUUUAAAGAGAUUGUCAUUCAAGAGACCAUCUUGAUUAGCAGUAUCGCAAAGACUCCAGACUCACUGAGCACAGGAGGACCUGCCCAUACACUUGUAUGCAUGUAGACAUUUUAAAGCUUUAUGUGAUUUACCUUUACAUGAAAAAACUUGAAAGCUUCCCAAGAAGUUUAAUUGCAGCUUUGAACCUUAAAGGCUGAGCCUAUUAAUAGUUCAACAUACCAGGAAGAGACAGAAAUGGUGCUAGAAAAAUGUCAAAGUGGUUUAACUCCUAGAAUCACGCAAGUAUGAUAUUCUGUCAUGGAGCCGCAGACAAGCAAUGCACUAAAUGAAAGGUAUGUAAUGGGAAUAUUAGAAAACAUUUGAACAUUUACAUAUAGCAGUCCUAAAGUUUAGCUUCAUCUCCUGUGGGGUUUGGGAUGAUGACUCAUUGUUUAGCAUUGGUGGCUCACCAUGCUGGAUUUAAACCCUUCACCUGUUCUCUGUAUAUAUGGGGUUUGCAUGUUCUUCAUUUGACUGUCUAUUUUUACCUCCAGGUUUCUUCCCACAUCAUAAACAAAUGUGUUACAAAUAUUAGGAAUCAUACAUUGGCUUGCGUAAGUGUUUCCAUGUUUGUCUGUCCCUUGCGAUGGACUGGCAUCCCAAUCAGGAUUGAUUACCACAUUGGUCAUGAUGCUUUUGUCAACAGGCUUCACCCACAACCUUCACCACUUGAUCCUCAACUGGAUUAAGCAAAAUAGAAACUGAAUGGAUGGAAGAACCUUGUGGUUCUACAAGUGAACAUGCACUGAGAUGAAUUAAGCACUUGGGCCACAGUUGAUUCAUUCCUUGUGCCUGGUGUUGCAGGGUUGCACUCCAGCUCCCACAUCCCUGAACUUGAAUUCAGCAGGAUUGAUAAUUGAUGCAUAUCUCAUAGGUGGUAUUUCUCUGGCCAUGGCUCACAGUUCACUAAAAUAUUUUAUUUCUCAUUUAACCUUCUGAUAAAGUAGAGAGCUUUAAAGAUUCUCCCAUGUUAUAUGUACCAGAUCUGGAAUGAAUUGAAAAUUCCUUCAAAAACUGUAAAAUGACAUUUUUGAGUCACUUACCUCAAACAGGGAAGAUUUGGUUAAGCUGAGAUGCUCACAUGUACUGUAGAAUCCUCUUAUUAUUCCAAAGACAAAGUAAUUUAUUGACCCCAAAUGUGUCUUUGCGAGAGUGUCAUGUGAUGGACCUGAUGUAACCCUAAGACUAACCCUAACUCUAACCCAAUCAGAGUUUAUUCCUGCCUUAUAAAGAGGAUUCAUAAAAUGAAUGGAAGUUAUAAGGGUAGCUACAGUAGUAAAACCUGCCUUACAGGCUGCAGUUUACUCUUCUGUUGGGACAAAGAAAAGCACAAUGAAAAAAAAAGGACUAGACUCCAGUAUGGAUUGAUAUGUGUCAAAUAUUGUUUAAAAAGUAAAACUAUACAACAUAACAUAGAGCCAAUGUUUUAAACACAGACAAAAUAUCCUGACCUUAAAACAUACAAACAUUUUUACAGCACAAAUAGAUCUUAUCUAAACUACAAUCACAACAUUAUAUUAUGGAGAAUAUAAAGGUUAGAGGGUUUUGAUUCUAACACCAAUCUAAUGGUCAGUUAUAUUUAUUUGCAUAAAUUUGAACCUCCUAAUACUUUAUUUAGAAACUAGAAUGGGUAUAGCAUGUCUACAAAUCCAGAGCUUAGUACAGCUUCCUGUCCAGCCCAGCCAGUGGGAGCUGGGACUUUGUGUUGAGGUAGGAAGGUGAUGGGUGGUGUUGCCGCUGUUUGCUGACUUAUUACCUCAAAAUGUAAAAAAAGUCUGCCUAAUAUUGACUCACCUUUUUGGGUUGUGUAUUGAAAAGAAACUACAGUACUCACUCAACAGAAUAAAAAAUGUGCACAUUGUCUUGUACCAUGAGUUUCUUGGUGCUAGAGAAUCACCAUGCUUCCUGUGUUUUCAGUGACACUUACACCAUUGGUCACAGUGAUAUAUGCCCAGUUAUAAAAUGCUUCUUGAAUUUUUCCCAGUCCGAAUUCAUUAAUUAAGAUUCUCUCUGGA